AUGGCUACCAACAAAAGACCUUCUGAUGCUGAAUUAACACAAAAAUAUAAUCAAUAUAAAAAUGAACUUCAACAAAUAGCACAAAAAAUAGGUGAAUUAGAAUCAGAAGUUGAAGAGCACAAACUUGUGAUUGAUAGCAUUUCACCACUUGAACCAGAACGUAAAUGCUUUCGUAUGGUAGGUGGUGUUCUUGUAGAAAGAACAAUCAAAGAAGUUUUACCUGCGUUAGAAACUAAUUAUAAAGGGAUCAAACAAGUUAUAGAAUCCUUAUUACAAUCUUACAAGCGUAAAGAAGAAGAAUUUGUUGAAUUCCAGAAAAAGUAUAAUAUCCAAGUUGUGUCUAAACAAUAG